AUGCCUCUCUGUAAGAUUCCAUUAAACCAGUGGCUCUCAGAUUUUUAUGGCACCCUUCCCCGUACUCAGAGUAAAGGAAGCUGGUUUGGGCUGGUGCUGGGCUCGGCGCAGCGCCUGGAGUUCAUGUGCGGGCUGCUGGACCUGUGCAACCCGCUGGAGCUGCGCUUCCUCGGCUCGUGCCUGGAGGACCUGGCGCGCAAGGACUACCACUACCUGCGCGACUCAGAGGCCAAGGCCAACGGCCUCUCGGACCCGGGGCCGCUGGCCGAUUUCCGAGAGCCGGCCGUGCGCUCGCGCCUCAUCGUCUACCUGGCGCUGCUGGGCUCGGAGAACCGUGAGGCAGCCGGCCGCCUGCACCGCCUCCUGCCCCAGGUGGACUCGGUGCUCAAGAGCCUGCGCGCGGUUCGGGGUGAGGGUUCGCGGGGAGGCGCGGAGGUCGAGCCCGGCGAGCGCGGAGAGGACGGCGAAGGCGAGGAGGACGCGGAGAAGGACGGUUCCGGCCCGGAAGGCAGCGGCGCCGAGCCCCGGCCCGGCGGCGGGCUGGGCUUCAGGGCGCAGGAGGAACUGCUGCUGCUCUUCACCAUGGCUUCGUUGCACCCGGCGUUCUCCUUCCACCAGCGGGUCACCCUGAGGGAGCACUUGGAGAGGCUCCGCACUGCGCUCCGCGGGGGCCCCGAGGACGCGGAGGUGGAGGUGGAGCCGUGCAACUUUGCCAGACCCCGGGCCCAGAAUGAUUCUGCUCAUGGUGAUUACAUGCAAAGUAAUGAGGCCAGUUUACUAGAACAAGCCCCAAUACCUCAUGAUGGACUUCCUGUGGCACCUCAUAGAACCCAGCGAGAAGCCGUGCACAUUGAGAAGAUAAUGUUGAAAGGAGUCCAGAGAAAAAGGGCUGACAAAUACUGGGAGUACACCUUCAAAGUAAACUGGUCCGAUCUUUCAGUCACAACAGUAACAAAAACCCACCAAGAACUACAGGAAUUUCUACUGAAGCUCCCAAAGGAAGUGUCUUCAGAGACUUUUGACAAGACCAUCUUAAGAGCCCUGAAUCAGGGUUCACUGAAAAGGGAAGAACGGCGACAUCCUGACCUAGAGCCCAUCCUAAGGUAACAAUUCAAUGACACUGUCACAGCGGUAUCACAGACAAGAUCAUGGGCAGCGGAGGACUUAGAGUGGAGUUCAAGGGAGAUCACAGAGAGAUUUUUCUGUGGAGUACUUUUUUUUUAUCCAUAUGUUAUUUGGGUCUAGGCUCACACUAGGAAACCUCAAACUAAUUACUUUGAUCAUUGGACUCUUUGGCUCUCUGAUAUCAUAAAUAAUUGCUUCUAAACUAU